AUGAAGAACAUAAGUCAAACAGUCGACGUGAAGAACCUUUCAAAAAAAGAAGACAAAGAAAAUUUGAUUUUCUAUUCCUCCAUCAAAGACAAGCUCCCAAAACCCAAUCCCCUCCUCAUUUAAUAACUGCAAUUCAACAAAGUAAACUCAGUAUUACCAUUGAAAAAAAACCAUCUGGAACCAAACGAACAAGAAGCAACCUACAAAACACCCAUUCAAUGUUAAGAACAAGAACUCCUCAACCAAAAACCGACCACUCUCCAAGCAUUCCUCAAACCCCUCAAACUCAUCUACCAAAAAUAUCAACCUCAACAGAACCCAAACCUCUAUGCAACUCUUCUUCACUCACCCAACCACAACCUCGAUGCCUCCCACUACUACCAGAGCGACGAAGACAUCAAAUUUGACUCUCUCUUCGAAAGCGGCAACUUAUUCCAAGUCUUCAAAGUACCUCUAUCACAUCUUAAUUAGAAAAGCGAUCGCGAUUACAUCCUACUCCUUCAAAACGACAUCAAUACUAAAGGCUACACACAAUGGUUCUACUUCUCCAUCUCAAACAAGAAUCCCCUCCUCCACAACAUCAGACUCAGCAUCGUCAACAUCAACAAAGACAUGUGCUUCUAUCGCCAAGGCAUGAAAAUCCUCAUCAACGAAUGCAACUCCUGGAGAAAAGACUCUCUGGGCCUAUCCUUUAAAAAAAACCACAUCCAAAGAAACGACUCCUCCUUCUACUACUCUCUCUCCUUCAAUUACACCUUCAUGGAGUAGGGAACUGUGUACUUUGCCUCCAAUUAUCCCUACACCUACUCCAAUCUCCAAACAUUCCUAUCUACCAAAUAUCUGGUCUACGACAGGAUUAUGAAAGUCAAAAGCAUUGUCACCAGCCAAGCAGGCAAUGAGGUUCAAAUCAUCACCAUAACCAACGACAACAGGGAUGAGAAGCAAGGCUUACUCUUCAUUGGGAGACAGCAUCCAGGAGAAACACCCAGCUCCUUUGUUAUUGAAGGCAUAGUCAAUGCUCUAUUGUCAGCUGAGGCUCAUGAAUUGAGAAACAGGUUUGUUAUCAAAAUCAUCCCCAUGCUGAAUGUUGACGGAGUAAUCCACGGAAAUCAGCGGUGUGGUUUAGGAGGAUUUGAUCUCAACAGAAAAUGGGGAUGCAAUAGAGAUGAAACAUUAAAUACUGUUGAAAAAUUAAUAACUAAUUUUAAUGAGAACUAUCCCAUCUAAUUGAUCUUAGACAUUCAUGGUCACAGCAAAAAACUGGCAGCCUUCUUUUAUGGUCACAGUUGCAAUGAAUUCAUUACUGAACUUUGCAAUUCAGAUAAAAGAUUCAGUCUAGAAAACAGUAGGUUCAUGAAAAACACUAAAUACUUGAAUCACACAGCCAGAGUCUUUUUAUAAAAACUAUUGAAUAUGAAACAGAAUAUCUACACGCUUGAGAUUUCAUAUUUUGGCUACAAGGACCAAAAUUUAAUUGUGGAUUUUACACUAAAUGAUCUAAGAUAGAUGGGAAGACAAAUAAUUGUCAAUCUCUCUAAAAACAUUGAGGCACAAAUGUGGGCUGAGAGCAUUCUGAUAGAUGAAUAGAACUCCGAUGUGAGCUUCUCAGAUUCUUCGAUAUCAGAAGAUGAAAUCAGCUAUGAAGAAAUUAAGUAGAUAUCAUCAGAACCCCUUAAAGAAAAAAGUACAAAUCUGGAAAAGUAGUAUACUCGAUCCAGUUCAAUUAAAUAAAGACAACUCAAGUCAUCUCAAUCCAGAAAUAGAGCCAAAUCAUAAUCCAUCCAAAAUUAAAUGAAAUACUAAUAGUUUUCUUACAAUUUUAUCGACAAUUCUUUUAAUAAUUGCAAUGUGAAAAAUGAUAAUUCUGAUCAUUAAAACUUGUUCAUUCCUCAACAAAAACCUAAACAAUCCGAGUAUACCAUAUAACCAUUAGUUGUAAUGCCUUCGCAUAGUUUAAAGCACUAGUUCUUAUGGCAGAAUCGAAUAAAGUAAUAAAAUUAUAAGGAGAUUAAAUUAUAAAAUCUCAAAGAACAAAGAGACUUGAAGAUAUAUCAGGAGUUCAAAGAUUAUGUCAAUAAUAAACAAUACUCCAACAAGCCUUUGCUCCCUAAAUAUUCAUUUAAUGACACAGACUUAUUUAAAAAGUCACAAGCCAAAAAAUAAUAUCUAAUUAUUAAUUUAUGA